CAACCUCUGAAACAUUUCAUUCAACCUUUGCUCGGCUGAGGGAAAGCCACUCCUCAGGACAGCUCUGGAGGAGCACCAGCACCGGGGUAAACGCGCGAAACACUUCACUGAAGGGAAUAAAGACCCUAUCAAAGGACACUAGGAAGUGAAUGAACUCGCGUCGAGUCCCCCAUACACGCCGUUUUCUCGCUUUACGUUAAAUAUCGUUUUGAAUGGUGUCUUAUAUCGCUGUACAAGGCUGUGAUAGAAAGCAGAAGAAGGUGUGGGAUGAGAUGCCAUCUGAAAAAAGUCCUCCUCCUAGCAGCCGGUCUUCUCGUUUUGACCAGGGUCUACAUCUACAUGCGGAGAGCAGAAUCGGGAAACCUCAAGGGGUCACUGACCUGGAUCUGGGAUAAGGAGACUUGGGUGGAGGAUCUUAAGGGCCAUUAUCUCCAUUUCAAUGUUUCCAUUAAAGUUCUGGCAGGAGUCUUCCACCCAUCCAAGAAGUACCUGACGGUGGGCCUCUCGUCAGUGAAGAGGGAAAAGGGCAGUUAUCUCCAGGACACUAUUCAGUCAAUCUUCUCCGCCUCCUCAGAGGAAGAGCUGGAUCAAAUAGUCGUCGUCGUUCUUCUUGCAGACUUUGAUGAGAGCUGGAUCCAGCAGACAUUAAAGAAGAUAACAGAAGAAUUCCACAAGCAACUGUCCAAGGGUCAACUUCUAGUCAUCCACGCCAACGAAGACAGCUAUCCUCCCCUCAAAGGACUCAAGAGGAACUUCAAUGACGCACCGGACCGCGUGUCCUUCCGAUCAAAACAAAACGUGGACUACUCCUAUUUGCUGCAUUUUAGCAGUAAUCUCUCCCAAUACUAUAUCAUGCUGGAGGAUGACGUGAGCUGUUCCAAGAACUUUCUCACCAGCAUGCGUGAGCACAUCGGUUCUGUGGGCAACACGAAGUGGGUCACACUGGAAUUCUCCAAACUGGGCUACAUCGGGAAACUCUACCAAUCCAGAGAUCUGCCCAUUCUAUCCCGAUUCCUUUAUAAUUUCUACCAAGAGAUGCCCUGCGACUUCCUGCUGACGCAUUUUCACCGAUUGUUGAUGCAGCAAAAAGUCAUUCGUUUCCGCCCAUCUCUGUUUCAGCACAUGGGCACUUACUCGUCAUUUAAGGGGACGUUCAACCAUUUAAAGGAUGAAGACUUUGUUGAAGAAGUUGCCGAUAACCCUCCGGCAGACAUUAGCACGAAUAUUGAAACCUAUCAGUCCAAUUCUGUGGACAAAGCUUACAGCCAAGGAUUAGAGUAUUUCUGGGGUGUAUCUCCUGUUGGCACAGAAAACAGCAUUUUAGUGGUUUUUCAUGAACCGGUUCUCCUCUCUCGUGUCCAGGUAGUAACAGGAUUGGAUGGGAAAGAUGAGCUGGUCAGUGCUGAUGUGGAACUUGGCAAAAUGCUGGUCAAAAAGGAGUCGGAGGUGGAGUGCUCUGGAUUUGAGAAGCUGGGUUCUCUCCAGGAAGGCCGCUUUAAUGAACCGGCUGUUCAGAAACUUGUGCCGGCAACCGUGGCGUGUUUACGAAUCCGAGUCACUGCAGUCCAAACGACUUGGGUUGUCGUGCGCAAGAUCCAGGUCUGGACUGUUAAAGCGGACCGGACCACUUGAAAUAUUUCUGCUGUGCAUUUCUUAUCAUGACCUUAAAAGGCUCAAAUUAGACACAUUCUUGGUAAUCUGUAUGUGAAGCAAUGAUGUCAUUACACUGCAUAAAAUAAUGGAAAAAAUAUUUUUAAAACAAAAUAUAUUUACUUAGGCAUACUAUAUUUUCUUUAGGAAACUUUAUCUAAAUGACUUUUAUUAUGCUGUUCCCAUUAUAAAAUAUUUCUGUUGCUAAUAGUAUAAACAUUUUAAUAAACUUAUUUUUUACUUAAAAUGAGCUAUUAAAAAACCUUUUUGGCAACUUUUUGCAAGGUUUUCCAAAAUGAUACACAUCAAAUUUCAUACAAAUAGUUUUUGUUCCGUUUUUAUUUUAGGUAAAGGUUUGGCAAUUUUCUUUGGUGUUUUUGUCAACAUAUCUGCAUAAUUUUUUGGGUUUUUAAUCGACAAUUUAAUCUCAUAUUUUAUUUUGGUAUAAGUUUAUUUUGUUUCAAUGAAUUAUUAUUAUUAUUAUUAUUUAUGGUUUAAGGUUUAAUUAACAAUAGUAAGCCUAUUUUGAACUCUUAAAAUGCAUGAGGCUUAAAAUUAUUUUUAUAAAAAACAUGACCUGGGUGUUGGAUGUGGUAAAAGAGGAUGCCAAGAUUUAAAGAGCAUUUUACAGUCAAAAUAUUUACAUUUACAAGUCUUGUAAAAACAGAGGAUGGUUUGUAAAUUACGCCCCCUAGGGAUGAUGGCUUUGAAUAACUUGAAAUACAAUUCCUUAGUUCUAUCACUCCAAGCACCGACAAGGGCAAAAUGCUUAAGCUAGUUUACAUUCAACACACACACACACACACACGCUGGGUUUUUUGGGAACAUUCCAUGGGCAUAACUUUUUUUUAUAAUGUAAUAUUAUUCCUUUUAUUAAGCUGUUUCUCUCAUGGGGACCCACAAGGACUGAAAAAUGUCCCCACAAGGAUUUUGGACAUUGCAAUCUUUGUAUUGUAGGGUGUGUCUUCGUUUUGCUCAGUAUUUGUGUGCGCUUACAUGCGUGGUAUUAACUCUUGUUGAACGUUAUACUGUAUGUUUUCUCUCUCAGGGACGGACGGUAAAAAAAGAACAUAUGUAUACUACGAUUAAGAGAUAAUCGAACAGCUCGGCAUCACAAACUGAUAUCAUAGUUUUGCUAUAUUGUAUACACAACAGCCAAUUAAAUUCAUUUCAUGUUUA